UUCCCCCGCUUCUCCCUUCCCAGCAUCAUCACGACAUCACUCUCGUUCACCAGCGCAGCGAGCCCAGCCGCCGAGGAGAGGAGAGGAGAGGAGAGGGGAGAGGAAGAGCAGAGCAACCCCAUCCCCCGCCAUUACUCCUCCCUUCCCGUCCCGUCCCCGAGCGGCAAUAAAUGUAGCCGCUGGCGCCGCCCACCCACCACCACCAGAUCCAAGCCCCCGGGGCGAGGCGAGGGGAGGGCGAGAGGGGGGAGGGGAGAAAAUUCACCACGCCACCAUACUCAUGCAUUUACUCCGCUUCAGCCCCUACCCCCACGCGGCCUCGGCUCCGCCCAAUGCCAUUCCGCCGCUUCCCUGCUGAGAGAUCGACCCCCACGCCGCCGCCGCCGCCGCCGCCGCAGGAGCAGCAGCAGCAGCCGUCGCCAUGUCCUCCUCCUCGCUGCUCUCCUCGCUCGCCACGCUCGGCCUCGGGUACUCGAUCGCCAUCGCGCUGGGUUUCCUCGUCCUGCUGGCGUCGCUCCUCCUCGCGUCCUACUUCUGCUUCCGCCGCGGGGGCGGCGGCCACUUCUCUGGCGUGCUCACCCCGACCUCCAGCUCCAGCCACCUCUCCAUCACCGUCCCGCGCGUGCUCUUCGUCGCCGAGGGGUCGGAGUCCCCCGACGCAUACUCCUCGGGCGCCGCGGCCGCGGCCUCCCCCGUCGGCCUCGACGCCGCAGCCAUCGCGUCGUACCCUAAGGUCCCCUUCUACAGCACCGGCGCGGACGCCGAUGCCAUGUGCUCAAUCUGCCUAAGCGAGUACACGGACGGCGAGAUGCUGCGCGUGAUGCCCGACUGCAGGCACAGGUUCCACGUCGUGUGCCUCGACGCCUGGCUGCGCCGGAACGCGUCGUGCCCCGUGUGCAGGUCCUCGCCCAUCCCCACGCCGGUCGCCACGCCGCUGGCGACACCGCUGUCGGAGCUCGUGCCGCUCUCGCAGUACGCCGCCGAUCGGAGGCGCAGCAGGUGACGGACGCAUUGGUGCAAUUCGGUGCUCUUAAACAGUGGAGUACUAUAUUACUCUCUCUUUUUUUUAAUCCUUUUACGUUUAAGGGUAUAAAGCUGUGUAUUGCUUGAUUGGUCAGGUGGGCUUUACCGGAGGUUAGACUGUAGGUUGUGCUUAGGAUAUUUAGAGAAGGUAAUUGUUUGUUUGAUAUUACUAUAUUACUUCGAGCAAAUUUUGUCAUCUAGAAGUACAUGUCUGAGUAGGGAAUAGUUGUACAUACAUUGUGUUCGUUUUUAUUGCAGAGUUCUUCCUUAUGAUAUUCUAAUGUAUAACUUCCGUUGCCAUUGCCA